GCCUGUCUCCAUGGUCCAAGCGCAGGGUUCCCAUUAUCUCAGAGCUCAGAGGGGAAGGUGUGAGCAUCCACUCUGCUGUCUGCGCUGAAGAUGGAGAGAUGUCUGUCGUUCCUCUCUCUCUCCUCCCUGCUCCUGCUCUGUACAGCCAGCAGGGAGGAUUUGAGGCUGGUGAAUGGUGGCAGCCCCUGUGCUGGGAGAGUGGAGCUUCACUAUCGGGGAGAGUGGGGGACAGUGUGUGAUAAAUGGUGGACCACGAGUGAUGCUGUGGUGGUGUGCAGAGAGCUAGGCUGUGGAGAUGCUGUACAUGCACUAGGAGAGGCUCAGUUCGGACCAGGGUCUGGGAGAAUAUGGCUGGCUGAUGUGAUCUGCAGUGGAUCAGAAUCCUCACUGAAGCAGUGUGAGUCACGAAAAUGGGCUAAAUUUCGCUGUAAUCAUGGAGAGGAAGUCGGAGUGAUCUGCUCAGAGGUCAGGCUGGUGGGCGGGACUGACCUGUGCUCUGGGAGGGUAGAGGUGCAUCAUGGGAGCUCCUGGGGCACGGUGUGUGAUGCUGACUUUGACCAGCAGGACGCAGAGGUUGUGUGCAGGGAGCUGGGCUGUGGGGCUCCUAAAGAGCUGCGCGGGGCAGCUGCAUUCGGCCAGGGCGAGGGCCAGGUGUGGGCAGAGGAGAUUCAGUGUAGAGGCAAUGAAUCUCAGAUUAACUUCUGCCCCACAGCACCCUCACAGAAUCAACCCUGCUCCCAUGGAAACGAUGUGGGCCUGGUGUGUUCUGGCAGGGUGGAUGUGAGGCUGGUGAAUGGUGGCAGCCCCUGUGCUGGGAGAGUGGAGGUUUACCAUCAGGGAGAGUGGGGGACAGUGUGUGAUGAUUACUGGGAUAUGAGUGAUGCUGGGGUGGUGUGCAGACAGCUGGGCUGUGGAGAUGCUGUAGAGGCAAUAGGAGGGGCUCACUUUGGACGAGGGUCUGGGAGAAUAUGGAUGAAUAAUGUGUUCUGCAGAGGAUCAGAAUCCUCACUGAAGCAGUGUGGAUCAGGAGGAUGGGGUAGACAUCUCUGUAAACAUGGAGAGGACGCUGGAGUUAUCUGCUCAGGGGUCAGGCUGGUGGGAGGGACUGACCUGUGCUCUGGGAGAGUAGAGGUGCAUCAUGGGAGCUUCUGGGGCACGGUGUGUGAUGCAAACUUUGACCAGCAGGAUGCAGAGGUUGUGUGCAGGGAGCUGGGCUGUGGGGCUCCUAAAGAGCUGCGCGGGGCAGCUGUAUUUGGCCAGGGCGAGGGCCAGGUGUGGGCAGAGGAGAUUCAGUGUAGAGGCAAUGAAUCUCAGAUUAACUUCUGCCCCACAGCACCCUCACAGAAUCAACCCUGCUCUCAUGGAAACGAUGUGGGCCUGGUGUGUUCUGGCAGGGAGGAUUUGAGGCUGGUCAAUGGUAGCAGUCCCUGUGCUGGGAGAGUGGAGGUUUACCAUCGGGGAGAGUGGGGGACAGUGUGUGAUAAUUGGUGGGACAUGAGGGAUGCUGGAGUGGUGUGCAGACAGCUGGGCUGUGGAGAUGCUGUAGAUGCACUAAGAGAGGGUCACUUUGGACCAGGGUCGGGGAGAAUAUGGAUGGAUUAUGUGAUCUGCAGGGGAUCAGAAUCCAUACUGAAGCAGUGUGGGUCACGAGGAUGGGGUUUUCAACUCUGUAAUCAUGUAGAGGACGCUGGAGUGAUCUGCUCAGAGGUCAGGCUGGUGGGUGGGACUGACCUGUGCUCUGGGAGAGUAGAGGUGCAUCAUGGGAGCUCCUGGGGCACGGUGUGUGAUGCUGACUUUGACCAGAAGGACGCAGAGGUUGUGUGCAGGGAGCUGGGCUGUGGGGCUCCUAAAGAGCUGCGCGGGGCAGCUGCAUUCGGCCAGGGCGAGGGCCAGGUGUGGGCAGAGGAGAUUCAGUGUAGAGGCAACGAAUCUCAGAUUAACUUCUGCCCCACAGCACCCUCACAGAAUCAACCCUGCUCCCAUGGAAACGAUGUGGGCCUGGUGUGUUCUGGCAGGGAGGAUGUGAGGCUGGUGAAUGGUAGCAGCUCCUGUGCUGGGAGAGUGGAGGUUUACUAUCGGGGAGAGUGGGGGUCAGUGUGUGAUAAAUGGUGGGACCUGAGUGAUGCUGGAGUGGUGUGCAGACAGCUGGGCUGUGGAGAUGCUGUAGAUGCACUAGGAGAGGCUCACUUUGGACCAGGGUCUGGGAGAAUAUGGAUGGAUUAUGUGAAAUGCAGUGGAUCAGAAUCCAUACUGAAGCAGUGUGGAUCAGCAGGAUGGGGUAAACAUUACUGUAAUCAUGGAGAGGACGCUGGAGUGAUCUGCUCAGAGGUCAGGCUGGUGGGCGGGACUGACCUGUGCUCUGGGAGAGUAGAGGUGCAUCAUGGGAGCUCCUGGGGCACGGUGUGUGAUGCUGACUUUGACCAGCGGGACGCAGAGGUUGUGUGCAGGGAGCUGGGCUGUGGGGCUCCUAAAGAGCUGCGCGGGGCAGCUGCAUUCGGCCAGGGCCAGGGCCAGGUGUGGGCAGAGGAGAUUCAGUGUAGAGGCAAUGAAUCUCAGAUUAACUUCUGCCCCACAGCACCCUCACAGAAUCAACCCUGCUCCCAUGGAAACGAUGUGGGCCUGGUGUGUUCUGGCAGGGAGGAUGUGAGGCUGGUGAAUGGUAGCAGCCCCUGUGCUGGGAGAGUGGAGGUUUACCAUCGGGGAGAGUGGGGGACAGUGUGUGGUCGUGGCUGGGACAUGAGUGAUGCUGGAGUGGUGUGCAGACAGCUGGGCUGUGGAGAUGCUGUAGAUGCACUAGGAGAGGGUCACUUUGGACCAGGGUCUGGGAGAAUAUGGAUGGAUGAUGUGAUCUGCAGUGGAUCAGAAUCCAUACUGAAGCAGUGUGAGUCACGAGGAUGGGGUAAACAUUCCUGUAAUCAUCGAGAGGACGCUGGAGUGAUCUGCUCAGCCCAUCGAAAGGUCAGGCUGGUGGGCGGGACUGACCUGUGCUCUGGGAGAGUAGAGGUGCAUCAUGGGAGCUCCUGGGGCACGGUGUGUGAUGCUGACUUUGACCAGCGGGACGCAGAGGUUGUGUGCAGGGAGCUGGGCUGUGGGGCUCCUAAAGAGCUGCGCGGGGCAGCUGCAUUCGGCCAGGGCGAGGGCCAGGUGUGGGCAGAGGAGAUUCAGUGUAGAGGCAACGAAUCUCAGAUUUACUUCUGCCCCACAGCACCCUCACAGAAUCAACCCUGCUCCCAUGGAAACGAUGUGGGCCUGAUGUGUUCUGUCCCGCCCCCACCUGGAGCCUGAGGGGGAGAAGUGUGACAUCAGAGCAGCGACUCCAUCACUGCAGGCAAACUGGUGUUUGAUCUGUGUGCUGCUCAUUAAAUGGGAUGACUCCAAAAGUCUCCUGUCUCUGUUCACUCUCAAUCUCCCACUUCCCUUCCAUCUAUCCAUCUAAAAAAGUAUAUUUUAAUUGAACAUAUAUAUCUUUCAAUUUAAACUUCAAUAUAAACCCGACAGCAUUUUUGCUAAUUAUAUUUUUAUAAAAUACUGUCUCUCAAAGGCUGUAUAAUUCAGUAUGUUGAAUCCAAAUAUCUACAAAUAUCGAGUAUAAAAAGUAAAAUAUACAUUUUUGUGAAUUAAAAUAUGUUGGGGGUUGGGUUGCCCUCUUGGAAGCAAAUCCUGUUGGUAGCCUCCAGCGUCAGGGUUACUGUUAACUUGGCUGUAAGUAUAAAUGUAAUCCAGGUAAUAUUUUGGGUGUAUUUUUGUCUGGAGAAAAAUAAAAGGAGUAGCUAGUUGGCAAGCUAAGUA